AUGGCACAAAACAGGGAAGGAGAAGAAAGUCCCUACGCUGUCUCUUCCCCCAGCGGCGCGACGCUGUCGGUGAGAUGGGUGCAAGGAUUCCCUAAGCAGAAUGUUCAUUUUGUUACCGAAGACACCAUUUGCUACCCUAGUGGGAAUUAUGUAAUAUUUAUUAAUAUUGAAACCAAGACAAAGACUGUACUCCAGUGUAUUAAUGGAAUUGUGGGCGUCGUGGCAACUAACAUUCCUUAUGAAGUUGUGGCUUUUUCUGACCGGAAGCUAAAACCCAACAUCUACAUAUACAACUUUCCUGGAUUGACCAGAAGGACCAAAUUAAAAGGCAACAUUCUUCUGGACUACACUUUACUUACCUUCAGUUACUGUGGCACCUACUUGGCUAGUUACUCCUCUCUUCCAGAAUUUGAACUGGCCCUCUGGAACUGGGAAUCUAAUGUCAUCUUGUGCAAGAAAUCCCAGCCUGGUCUGGAUGUGAGCCAGCUGUCUUUUAAUCCCAUGAACUGGCGCCAGCUCUGCUUAUCAAGUCCAAGUACAGUGAAUGUGUGGACCAUCGAAAGAAGUAACCAGGAGCAUUAUAUCAAAGCAAGGUCGGUAAAACUGCCUCUAGAAGAUGGCACAUUUGUUAAUGAAACAGAUGUGCUUUUCCCCCACUCACUGCCCAAGGAUCUCAUCUACGGACCUGUGCUGCCACUGUCAGCCAUUGCUGGGCUAGUAGGUGAAGAGGCAGAAACUUUCCGGCCAAAAGACGAUUUAUAUCCUUUGCUUCACCCCACUAUGCAUUGCUGGACUCCAUCAAGUGACCUGUAUGUUGGCUGCGAAGAGGGUCAUCUUUUAAUGAUUAAUGGAGAAACCUUAAAGGUGACCGUGCUCCAAAAGAUAGAAGACAUGACACAAUCAGAACCUCAUCAUAUCAGCCCAGUCAGCCUGGUGUAUCAGAAAGAUGGAGUGUUUGCUUCUGGAAUUGAAGGCUCUGUGUACUCCUUCAUUAUUAAAGAUUCAAGUUAUAAAGUGGAGACUUUUCUUGAGACUGAAGGGCCUGUAGAACAUAUGCUGUUUUCUCCCAGUUACAAAAUGUUGCUGAUUCAAACAGACAAGGGAUCUGUUUUUAUCUACACUUUUGAUGAGAAGCCAACCUUAGAAAAAGUCCUAGAUGCUUGUGAUGGGAAAUUCCAAGCAAUUGACUUUAUCACACCUGGAACCAAAUACUUCAUGACAGUCACACAUUCGGGGGAAGUUUGUAUUUGGUGGAUGGAGGAUUGUAUUUGUGAAAGCAGGAUUUAUCUGAAUACUCCAACCACAGCCCUGGCUUGCUCUCCCUCCUCCCACUCCGCUGUUGUGGGGACUGUGGAUGGCUACGUGUACUUCCUGGAUGUCCAAGAGGUGGACUCCCCUGGGGUGAUCCACAAGGCCUUCCUCUCCAAGUCUGCUGUGCAGCACCUCAUUUUUGAUCAGCGAGGAAUAUUUCUGUUUGUUGGAUCCUCAGAAGGAAACAUCUUUAUUAUGAAUGCCAAUCCUUCAAGCUCAUUUGAGAUCCUAGGAUUCGUAGAGGUGAGCAAGGACAUUCUACAAAUAUCCACGGUGUCUCUUUUGGAAGUAGACGUGGUACAAGUAUUGGUGCUUUCUUCACUUCCAGAAGCAGAAAAAAGCAGGUUGGAAUUAUUUACUGUGCCCAAAAUACUACCAACAGUUUCUGAAAGCUUCACUGAUGAAAGAGGGAAACUGAAAGAGGAGCUGAUUCAUUUGUACCUGUAUGAGAUGGAGCACACUCUGUCCUCUGCAGUCUUGGACUUUCAAAGUAACCAAAUAUAUGGCUUCUGUAAUCAAGCACCAUACGUCUGUAGCUAUCUUCUUCCUGAAAAAGAAGAUACCAAGGUUUGUAUUCUUAAGCCACACCAAAAAGUGCAAAGCAAGCAUUAUGGAACUGGAAUGCUCUAUCUAUCUUGGCAUGGAUUGUGGCUCAUAACAAUAGCUAAAUGUGGAAUUCUGUGUAUCCGAGAUAUUUAUACUUUGGAAACAUUUGCUCGGUGUCAGAGUCAUUCUCAUCAGGCGCAUGGGAUUCAGUCCAUGAGAAUUUCAAUGGAUGGACAAAGUAUUCUGGUGAAUGGGAAAGAUGACGGCACCCUGGUUUACCUAAAAUGGAAGCGCACUGGAGGAAUUUAUGGCGAUGAAAGUAUUGAUUAUUUCCAGAAACUACUUACAUUUCUGAGCAAGACCAUAGCAGAGGAGAAUUAUUAUUUAAACUCUCCAAGAGUUUCUUUAGAUUUGGGACAUGACUUUAAAUAUUCAAAACGUCUAUCUUCUUCUAAGAUUGACUCGUCACAAGAAGAAUUAGCCACUGAGGAGAGUAAGAAGGAAAUUCCCUGGAUACAGUGGAAAAGCCAAGAGGCAGUUGAAAAGGAAAUUAAAAUGUUUUCCCAGAAAAGGAAAGAGAUAAGAAGAGGAAUCAAAGAACUUGCUAAAACUGUUCUGAAUAUGAUGGAAGAAAAUGAGAAACUGGAUAAUAUUGCAAAAUUAGAGCAACAGGAGUUCGGCCUGGAUCUUGAGGAACUGGAAAGGCUCCAUGAAGAAAGUGAAGAGGAGGUGGCCAAGAUAAGAAAGGAUGUAGAGAUGCACAAUCUAGCCAAGGGCUACCUGACUGAGGUUAUCAAAGAAGAAUGCUGGAAUGCCAUGGCUGUGAAGGGCCGAGCACUUAAGUGCUUUCACAUCCCUUAUGUGGUCGAGAACUUCCCGAUGAAAGAGCGCUCAAGUGAAGAGCUGAAGGAAUUGAAGACAGUCUUGCAGCAAAAGAAGAUUGAAGCAGAGUGUCUUAAAUUACGGAAGGAAAUUUCAGAGGUUCAAUCUGCAGUCUCCUUGGUUAAAAAGCGUCAUGAAGAAGAUGAUGAAGAAGAAGAAGAUGAAGAUAAGAUAAUCAGAGACUCCAACUUGCCCAAUUACCUGCUUGGUAGUCUGAGUACUGAUUUUGGGGUAGAUACCUCUUUGUUAUCAAGCCAAUUGGAACUUCACUCCAGAGAGGAGAAGAUCAACCAAAUUACCUUACUAAAAGAUAUCAUUUACAAGGUAAAAACUGCUUUCAAUAAUGAGUUUGAUGCUGCAUAUAAACAAAAAGAGUUUGAAAUCACACGUGUGACGGAAAGAAAUGUUAGAAUUAGAGAAAUUAUUUCAGAUCUGGAGUUGGAGGAAACAGUCUGGCAACCAGAAUUUGAAGACUGUGAGAAACCAGAGAGAACCUUUGUUGUAGAGGAUCAUGAGAUUACAGCUCAAAAACAUGUUUCUCCAUGGCAAAAAGCCAAAACAGAAUUGAUUUCACCCCAUGAAACAGAGCGAUGGCUUCAUUCACAGGGUUUGGACGUUAGAAACAGAGCCCUGAUGGACAUGAUGGGAGGUGUUCUGGAAGUCAAGAAGGAAGACAUUUUGAAAAUGGUGAUUCCUCAGCCUGCUUUCAUGAUAAAGCCCGAUGCACUGUGGACAGAAGAGGAAAGGAAACAAUUCAAAGAAUAUGAGAAAAAAGUCAAGGAGUUAAAUGAAGAAAGAGAUAAGUAUAGAAAGUCAUUAGAAACAGAAUUGAAGAAACUUCAAAACUCAAUUCAAGAAAGCACACAGAGCUUUGAUGAACUUUUGAAAAAACUCUUUGAAAGGAGAGUGAAGGCCGAGAUGGUUGUCAACCAGGAGGAAUUGAAAAUAAAUAACCUUGUGUUUUCUCUACUGUUGGAAGAGGAAUUAACCUCCAGAGAAAUAUUCCUGAACAACUACCUUGUAAGGAAGCAGCAGGAGAAAAACCAGACUUCAGAAGCCAUCCGGAAAUCUAGAGAAGAAUUGGAUGCAUUUAAGGAGCACUAUGACAACUUAAUGGCAGAAGACAAGGUUCUGGAUCGAAGCUUUAAAAAGGAAUUUUCUGAAAUUCCCAGUCAUCAGGUGGAUCUACUCUACAAACUUUUUAAACGCCGACCAAGGAUUCACAAACAGAAAGCGCACUCAGAGGCAGCCAGUAGUACCCCAUUUGGAGAACGACCGGGAUCUGGCAAGUUGAAUAAGGACACUUUUGCCCACUUAAUGAAAGCCAUGGAUGAGUUGGAUAAUAUUAACAACAUGCCAGAAGGCUUAGACCCUUCAGUUUGGGAUCAUUUCUGUGCAACCAGACGAGCAAAACUUGAAAAUGAACACAAAGUGAAGCAGAAGGCAGCUGGCUUAGUUGAAAUGAUGGCUUUCCUCCAGAAGAGAGUUGAGGAUGAUGAACAUGUGCAGCGCGAGAUUGAAAAAGUGUUCCAUGAACUCCUCCUAUUACAGAACGAGAAAGUGAAAUUCCAGUUGAAUUUGACCAUCCAAAUUCUUCUUAAACAAGGACAAGUAGAACUAGAGAAUUUCCAACUAAUCCUGGAGUAUUCUGAUGCAAUUCUCAUGAAUAAGACCAUAAUUGAAGACUUGAAUUCUGUAAUUCGGACUCAAGGUCAAAAGAAAGUUGCUAGCAUGAUGGAAAGUAAAGAGGUACACAAAGGAAUAUAUCAAAUUGAGUGGGAACAUAAGAAAAUGGAGAUGAAAAUGGAAGACCUAAAUCAGAAGGCCUGGGAUAUUCAGAUGCUGUUUCUUUCAAGACAGCGUCAAAAGUACCUAAAUGAAUCGAACUACGAGACUCUGAUUGCUAUUCAGAUUGGAAUAAUGGAGCAAACCAUUCAAGUUAUAGAUAAGACCCACAAAAAGAAUGUCGAAAACUGCAAAAAACUACUCAAAAAAUUGGAAAAAUUCAGUAAUCAAAAAGAUAUAGCAAAUUACACUCUAAGCUGCAAUCUACGAGAAGAGUUGGUAGCUGUGUCCGAGAGAAAAGACAUCUGCAAUGCAAUGGGGACGCAACUGACUUGUGAAAAGAUUGUCAAAGAACGAUAUAAAAACAUGGUGCAACAACAGAAGCUGACAAAUAUUUCAAAACAACAGGCUGAACAGAUUUCAAUACUACAAGCAGAAGUUGAAAGAUUAAGGAUGAAAACAUUUCCUGCUCUUGUUCAAAUGUAAAAGGCUAGCAAGAAAAACAAAGCCAAACUAAUUAUUGCAAAAAUCAAUUCAUUUGGGUAAAAUGAUUUCUUUUUCUUUC